GAUGAGAAUGGUUUAAUUUGACAGGAAUAUUUCAAACUUAAAGAAUACAGGUGGAUUAAUAGAAUAGCAUGAGCUGUGUUUACUGGGUUGAAUACAAAGCAGGCUGAUAACUAACAAGUCAUUAUUUCCAGUACGUUACUGUCACUGGGACUGUCUGACAGCUGCUGUCUGUUACUCAUUGCUACUGAGUAGAAGUAAUUUUGUUCAACAGAUUAGAGGAGAAUUCACACUGAGGCUGUUUACCCCUUUAUCUACCAGUUUUCAAGCAGUAGUCUGAUUAGUAGUACCUCUGCUUGGGCAUCUUUUAAAUACUUAUGCUUUAUUUUUAGUCUACUGACACAUUACCCUUUGUGGUGAGACAGUGCUUCAGAGCUGCUACUCUGGAUGAAAGUGGGCAAGGGUCAGUGUACCUGUUGAGAGUACCUAUGUGGUGAAAAGAUUAGUGUUUUAUUUGGGCAGUCCUGAGUGAUGGAUGUAGAAUAAUUUGUAACAACAGGUUGCAAUACUUGGAAACCAUAGAAUAAUAUACUUUGGAAAUAGAAACCUUAUCAGAAUUUACCGAAGUAUUUAUCAGUUCUAUAUAGCAUGAUAAUGACCAAAAUAACUGAUUGUGUCCAGUAAGGUCAACCAGAAGAAAACAUUCAUCACUAAAGUGAUUGGUAAGAUGUAUGUGUAUGUCUGAGUGGCCAGAGUGGCCAGGAAAAGAUGGACUUGUGUGCUCCUUGAGUUCCCAUGGAAAAUGAAAAUAAUAACCCAAAUGCAUAUGAGGGUACUGUUUAAUAUUGAAAGUAGUACUGUAGUCAAGAAUAGGAGUUUAAGUGCUGGUGACUAUGGAUUUAACAGGUAAGACUAACUCUUCUGACUUGCCUCCUUAGCAGUGCCUUCACUAUGUAAUUUCUGCCACAGAGCUAUACUUAGGAUAUUUAGUCUGUCUUGACUUACGUGCUGUCAAGAUUUAUCCAACUUAAAUAGCUUCUGGGAAAGAACUUCAACUCAGGAGGAAGAUGAAAGAUUGUGUCACUGAAGAACAUUUAUAUUUGGCUUUUUCUCAUCAGUACAGAGAGAGUAUCUUUCCUCUUCAUACAUCUAUCUCCCUGUUUUUGCUAUCCUACUGUGACUGCAAAUUAUUUAAAAUUUUCUUAGUGCCGACUGGCAAAGAUGUGGGUGAUCAAUGUGUGACGAAAAACCUCCCUGGCGAUCUUGAGGUGCAUUUAAUCUCCAGGUGUCAGCUUCCAGAGGUUGUGCAGAGCUGCAGUUUACCUGCAGUUGUUGUGAAAGAUGGCAAAUUCUGCCGAGCUGGGCUUUCUGUUGUCUUAAGGCAUAUAAUACAGAAAACAUACGAGGCAGAUCCAUCUAAAAAGGAUGUUUUGGAACUCUUGGGCUUUAAGAAGACUUGCUUAAAAGCUUGUGCUGAAGUUAGCCAGUGGACCAGACUUUGUGAGAUCAGCAUUCCUCUGGCUGUGGAAAGGUUUUUGACGGCAUCUCCUGAGCGCUGUCAGGCUAUUCCUCCUGACAUUUUACAGUUUGAAAGGAAGCUUGGAGAACCUGUCCGAGUACAUAAUGAUGACAAAAUUCGUAGGCAAAAACUUCAACAGCAGAAGGCAGGUGCCAAGGCUGCAGUGCCCAUACUUGGUGAAGAAGCAGAAAGGGAAUUAAAAGCAGGGGAAGUGCAUGAGCAUCCACCCCCAAGUUUGGAACUGAGUGUAGCUUUCUCCAAGCUACUUGUCCAGGAAGCAUCAGAUGCAGUCAACAGAGAGGCCUCCCACAUCAGGAGAACAAAAACUUCUGACCUUCCGCUCUUGGACCACAUCUUUGCAGAAGGGCUUUAUUUUACUGUGGCAGAUAUAGUGCUAUUGCCAUGCAUCCAUCAGUUCUUGGUUUCCAGCAAGAAGCAAGGCAGAAACCUGGUAAAUUUACCACUGAUAUCCACUUGGUAUCGAAGAGUUCAAGAAGUACCUGGAGUAAAGAAAGCUGCUGGCAAAUGCAAUAUGGAGCUUCUCCAGCUUCCAGAGUUGAUGUCUGCUCCAGAGGAACAGGCACAGGACUUCUCUUCAGUUCCUGAUGAGUUAGAAGAGGAGAACGAAGACAGUCAUUUUAUAGGUGGUCCAAGGCCAACUAUGACUAAAUUAAUGGAAAAUGGAAUUGAAGCAAAGUUUUUUCCACAUCCGUGCCCCAACUGGACCCUAGACUGGACCAGUCUACCAUCUGCAGUCAAUCCUGGGGAAGGAAAGAUGUCUAGAGACCGGGCUCUCAGGAAGCAACAGCAACUGAACAAUUUGGUAGCAGUGGUGACAAAGCUUGCAAAGCCUGGAGAUGUGAUUGUGGAUUUUUGCAGUGGAGGGGGCCAUGUUGGAAUUGUUCUUGCUCACAUGAUGCCAUCAUGUCAGGUGGUACUCAUAGAAAAUAAGGAGUUGUCUCUGAUCCGUGCUAAAGACAGAAGUGAUGAACUAGGUUUAAACAACAUUUGGUUCAUUCAAGCAAAUUUGGACUAUUUUAAUGGGACUUUCAACAUUGGGGUGGCUCUGCACGCCUGUGGUGUGGCCACAGACAUGGUGAUUGAGCACUGCAUCCGGGCACGGGCAGCCUUUGUCAUUUCCCCGUGCUGUUAUGGCUUCAUUCAAAACACAGUCAAGUUCAAAUAUCCACGAAGUCAUCAGUUCAAAGAAAUUUUGUCCUACAAGGAGCACAUGAUUCUUUGCAGAUUUGCAGAUCAGACAGCUGUUCAGCUUCCACCUGAACGCAGGCUAAUUGGAAAACAGUGUAUGGGGCUUGUGGACCUGGAUCGGGCAUGGGCUGCAGAAGAACAGAACUACUCUGUCCAAGUUAUAUCUAUGGAGCCAGAGAGUUGUUCUCCAAAGAACAAUAUGUUUGUGGGCACCCCUACUUAGAGUGUGAAACUUGCAUUCGAUUCGAAAUAGAACAUAAAUCUUCAGUGCAUAAUGACAUCCAGCAGAUAGAAGCAGAGCUGGGAACCAGACAUCACGCAUCUUGAAUGCAUUGCACUCGGAAAAGGAAGCAGCCCAAAAAGUCUUAAAAAGCAAACUGCAUGCAGAGCAUCACAAAUCAACUUGCGAUGUGUCAUUAAGCAACUUUUGGUUCUCUUCUGAGAAGUUUCUGGAUCUAAUGACUGUGCAUGGAAUUAUAUCCAUCUGUAAAGAUUUAGAAAAAAGUUGGUCUCAUUGAAGGGAAGGUGGUUUCCUUUUCAGUAAAACUGUUUCUUGGCUGCUUGAAAAUUGCGUUCGUGGUCAAAAGCUGCGUUUGGGUUUAUAAGCGGAGCAGUUAUCAGCCAGAAGUGCUGAUCACUAGAGGAACAGAAAAGAUCAGAUUUACGGUGUUAGUGAAGAAGGAUGUGGAACAGGUGGUGGCUUGACUUUGCUAAAGAAUUCCAUACUACUGUAGGAAGAUUAUUUUUAAUAAAAGUUCAUCAGAUUA